ACGAUUCCGAUCCGUUCCACUGCUUCAGCUGGUACCAGAUCCGUCUGUCCCAGUGAUACCACAUUCUUAGCUUUUGCUUUAGAAUCCACAGCGUUUGGGCACUCUGGGGCCUUUUGAUGUUGAUCUUUGACCCACCAGUAGAGGUAACGCUCAGCUCAUUAAAUAUGUCCAAUUUAUCCUGAGUGAAAUGAUGUAGUUGAACUCCUCGGCACGCGCCUUUGCCUUCCGCUCUCCUGUUGCGAUACCACUUUGAACUCAUCAAAGGAAAUGUCUGAAAGUUGCCUCUGCUCUGGAUAUACUAAUGGCUGCCACAGCCGUGUGUAUGCUACUUUAUUGCUUUAUUCCUGCGUAUUUUGUGAACUGUUAUUUUUCAGAACACUAUGAACGGUACACUAUACUCACCUGCGCAGCUAGCCUCUAAUGUGCAGUGGCGCGAGACAUGUACACGCGCGCGCACACACACGCGCGCACAGAGUGUGUGGGUUUGUAAAAUCGUAGAAGUAUACUUAUAUUAUGCGUACAUCCAUCAAUAGGUAUGACUAAAUAAGUAGUGGUCAAAAAAAUCCUUAUCGUCAUAAUCAUCACCAUCAUUAUUGUAAAUAAUAACAAGAAGAGAACGAAAAACCACAUUUAUGUAGCAAUUCGUGCUAUUUUUAAGACAGACUUUCAUAUGAGGUUUGCGUGUUUGCAUUUGACUCUGGUUUGGUUUAGCUAACAUAAUUACAGAUUACAGUGUUUAAGUACGAGCUCUCGCUAACUUUUUUGCCCGGAGGAAACGCAGUAAUCAGCCUUGCAAUGCAAUUUCCUGUCGAAGAGUCUGGAGCUGUCUCCAAGACCUGGAUCCGAUAGAAGGGAGGCGAGAAUGCGAGGGUGAGAGAGGAAGAACUAGAAAGAUAGGGCGAAAGACUUGGGGAUUGAAGAAUAAAUAGAGAGGACAGAAGAAAACAGAGGUAAUAAAAAGGAAUGCAGUCGCAGAAAUUGAGAGCGCUGUCAAGUCUGUCGAGGGGCUGAACGAAUUCUACACGGGACAAAGAUCCUCUUCAGGGCGCUAGCAAUCUCAGAUCGGCAGCAGCGUUUCGGAGAAAAGUUGACCGAACUAAAAAGUUUUGGAAGGACCGAGAAAGUUGUUGAAACCAACGGAACGGUAUUAAAUUGUACUUUAGAUGCGCGCGUGAACGAGGCAAAUGGAGAAGAAGAGACGGCUUAUCGAACACGGGACGGGACGGUAAAAAAAAAGUCUUAAGGAAAACUGGAAAUCACAUUUCGGAGAAAGGAGUUAGAAUGAAUUAGUGCAAUAUCAGUGAGUAUUGCUGCAGCAUCAAGCUCAGGAACAGAUGUCGGCGGACGGGAGCCCAGGCGCGGGUUUGGAUGGACCUCCCAGCGAGGCCUGCUGUACCCCACAGCAUCCGUCCCAAACACCUGGCCCAGAAGCUGAGGAGAGCAGUGAGUCCCAGGGCCUUAUGGGAAACCCCACAGAAAUGCAGGAGGUCUCAGAGAAUGGACACAGCACCAGCCUGUCGCCAGAGUCGGGCUUCUCAACACCAAACGCCAGCGUCACCUGUCAGCCCCAGGCCCGUUCGACCCCCCUGGCCCUCCCGCCGGACAGCCCGUCAGAUUCGACCAGCCUGCUGCAGAACGGGGUGGGGCGGCCCCCCCCGCAGCCGAACGGGGUGAGGAACGGUGGAACCCGCACCCCCCCGCUCGCCGGACCCCCCCCGCGCCCCGCCUCGCAGAAGAACCCGCGCAAGCUGCAGUCCAACCCGUCAAUCACCAGUCACAUGAGCAAGAAGAGCAAGAGCAGCUCCAAAUCGGGGGGGUCGCAGAUCCCCAACGAAGCGCGGGACGACUGCUGUGUGCACUGCAUCCUGGCCUGCCUGUUCUGUGAGUUCCUGACUCUGUGCAACAUCGUGCUGGACUGCGCCUCCUGCGGCUCCUGCGCCUCCGCGGACUCCUGCUUCUGCUGCUGCUGCGCCUCGGAGGAGUGCGGCGACUGCGACCUGCCCUGCGACAUGGACUGCGGCAUCAUCGACGCGUGCUGCGAGUCCGCAGACUGCCUGGAGAUCUGCAUGGAGUGCUGCGGCCUCUGCUUCUCCUCCUGAUUGGCCCGCACGCUCGGAGGCGAAGACCAGAGGGGCCGCUCUCAUUGGCUACCCAAGCCUUGCUUGCUGGAGAACGGAGGAGUUGAGAGGGGAAAGGUGGGAGAGGGGGCGUGGCCACUCCUUGGAUCAGAGACCGCUGGCUGCCCAAUCAGAAAGCCUGGAUGUUGCUCCGCCCUGGGAUGGUGCUGUACAGACCCGCUAAUCGAGAUGGCGCUCUGUGUUUGUGUCGCUCCGUCUGACUGGUCGCUCUGCGUGAGACGGGCAGUCUUCCUGCCCGGGGGGGGGUAACUCCCCCUGACCCUCGCGAGCCAUGCUUCAGUACUGUCUCCUGCCCGAUCCUAUUAGACCGUAGCCGAGCUGCCGAUCGCCAGGUGAGAACACACUGCAUCGCCUCGCAGAUGCCACGGGAUGUCACCAUGGCAACUUAAGCAAUAGGUAAUACUGCAUUUAACAGGGUGUCUGUAUUUCUGUAGAUAUUAAAAGCCGGCCAGGACAGAGGGGGAAAAAUAUAUAUGUCUAUGUAGAACUUUGGUAAUGUCUGUGGGUAAUAGUCCUUCAGUGUAAUACGGACUGUUUGCUUCUUCACAAUAAGAACAGAGGAAGGAGCUGGCCCUGGGGGUGUUCUCCUGGGAGUACCCCAAGCCCCCCCCCCCCCUUGCUCUGGGUUCUCAGAACGGGUGUGAGGGUCAGAGGCCUGUCCUGCACAGUCACAGGAGGUCUGGGGAGGCCGACUUCCAAACGUCAACAGAACCGGACUGAGCAAAGACUUGUGGCAGUGCAUGGUGGGGUAUCAUAGAUGUGUAUAUUUAAUGUGUGUUUUCUGUCAUAUCGGUGUUUACUGAUGCGUCAUGCGUAAAGAUGUGAAGAAGGGAGCCUCUUUCCUGUACGUCCAAGGCUCCCUGUCCCGUGACAUUUCUCAGAUCUUAAUUGUACAUUUUUAGUCUGACUGUCGUAUUUUCUGUGAUGCUGGAAAGGGUGUGUGACGCGGUGUCGGUGGGCUGGAGACCGGAGGAAUGUGGUGUGUGUGUGUGUCACUCCAUCGUGAACUCAGUCUGGGUGUGUUUGGUAGUGAGGGUGUGCGGUACCUGUGUGUGUGUCACUUGGUGUGUUUGGCAGUGAGGGUGUGCGGUACCUGUGUGUGUGUCACUCGGUGUGUUUGGUAGUGAGGGUGUGCGGUACCUGUGUGUGUGUCACUUGGUGUGUUUGGUAGUGAGGGUGUGCGGUACCUGUGUGUGUGUCACUCGGUGUGUUUGGUAGUGAGGGUGUGCGGUACCUGUGUGUGUGUCACUCGGUGUGUUUGGUAGUGAGGGUGUGCGGUACCUGUGUGUGUGUCACUCGGUGUGUUUGGUAGUGAGGGUGUGCGGUACCUGUGUGUGUGUCACUCGGUGUGUUUGGUAGUGAGGGUGUGCGGUACCUGUGUGUGUGUGUCACUCGGUGUGUUUGGUAGUGAGGGUGUGCGGUACCUGUGUGUGUGUUCAGGCACCCGUCUGUCUGUUGCGAAUACCUUCACUGCUGGAAACUGUAAAAAGCAGGCGUGUGGUUUCAUGGGAGAAACCGUUUGGUUGGUCCGGCAGCUUUGCAGUGGCCAUGGGCUCGGUGCUUGCUUGGCAUGCUGGGUAGCUGGGUUUCUCCUGGUUUCAUUUUACAGUAAACGUUAGGACUCGUUUUUGAGCUCAUGCUGAUCCAUACGUGGCUACUAAUUAAAAUCUCUGUGAUUAGCGGUAGAAAAAGCCUUUCAGAGAAACAUUCCCGACGCACUUCACAUUCUGUCCACAGCACAGUGAAACACCACAGAGCAGAGUUCUCCAAGGCGAUCUGUGUAGACCUGUACGUUUCUGUUAUGAGUACGAUGUGACGCUAGCUUCUUAUCGUCAGUUCUUGAUUCUGAUGUCACCACGACAAAGAACAGGAAAUGGAACACAACGCAAUUUCCCUUCAUUGUUACUGCUGGUUGUUCAGCGGCAAAGGAUCAUGGGAAAAACCACCCCGCAGGUGCGUUAAGGCACAAGCUUUUCAGAUGACAGUACAAUGGUGUACAGGGACAAUGGUGGCUACACUAGCUAGCAUGUACAUUCUUCAUCUCAACUGUCCAUUCAAACAAAUAGAGAACAAUUAUCCACAAUCAAACGGAUGGAGUUUUCCGUUUCUUUUCUCAAACACAAAAUUGAAAAAUAAAAUGGUAAAAUGCAUCAAACUAUAUCAAUAUAUCAAAAUAUUAUUACUUACACUCAUCUUUGAAGAAAUAAAACAGAACACUGUGCAAAAAUGUAAGGUUUUAUGAUUAGAGAUCAAGCUUACGUAACAGAGGUCACAAUCACUGGGCCUCACGUUGGAACACUGUAUUUUCUUGCUUGAGAAAGGUACACCAUAAUCACCAGUCCUUACUGAGAAAUCUGACCCAGACUGCUUAAUAGAGUGAAGAAUCAGACUGCUUAAUGGAGAGAAGAUCAGAUUCGUUAGGAGCACUGCUGCUCGUACCUGCUGUACUGAUUGAUCAGAGUACUGUAUUGAUGUAAAACAAAGAAAGAUUUUAGCCUCUGAUAAUUCUUUCAUACUUUGAACUGGAAAAACUGAACAAAGAAAAAGCCAAAGAGCUUUUUGGAUUACUAUGCAAUUCUCCAAACUGAAACUCCUGUGGUUCAUGACCAUUUCAGACUUGUGUUUUUUUUUUUUAAUCUUGUUUUAACAAUUACAAGUAAAACAUGCAUAAACGAACAAAGUAGAAAAGGCUGUGGAUCCUUUUGUAUUUUCUGGAAUAAAGCUGCAUUUUAAAAUCA